AUGGCAAAAUUUAGUCUUUUCGCGCUGGCCACUUGGGUUGGCCUAGCUGCAGCUAAGGAUGUCUACCUGAACUGGAACGUCACUUGGGUGAAUGCUUCCCCCGAUGGGUUUGAGCGCCCGGUCAUUGGUAUCAAUGGCCAAUGGCCCUGCCCGCAGAUUGACGUGGACCUGGGCGACCAACUGAUCGUCGAUGUCUACAACGGGCUUGGAAAUGAGUCCACGGCUAUCCACUGGCACGGUAUCCGCCAGGAGGGCAGUGGUGUUAUGGAUGGCGCCGUUGGAGUCACCCAGUGCCCGCUUCCUCCCGGAGAGCGCAUGCAAUAUCACUUCGACAUCAACCAAACCGGAACAUACUGGUAUCACUCGCACGACAUGGGCCAGUACCCCGAUGGAUUCCGUGGUGCUCUGAUUGUCCAUGACCCCAAGCCUCCUUUCCAAUACGACGAUGAGUUCACCCUCACCUUGAGCGACUGGUACCACAAGGAGAUGCCGGGGCUGCUCAAUACCUAUCUGUCCACGGACAAUUUGAAGAACCGUGGCGCUGAGCCCCUCCCUGACUCGGCAUUGAUCAACGACUCAACCAACACCAAGAUCAAGGUUCUGCCUAACAAGACGUAUCUCGUUCACAUCAUCUGUAUUGGAAACUGGCCCGGCCAUUUCUGGGUGAUCGAUGGCCACGAGAUGACUGUGGUGGAGGUCGACGGCGUCUAUACUGACCCAUACCCUGCUGGAGACAAGUUCCUGCGUGUCGCAACCGGCCAGCGUAUGAGCGUCUUGAUCAAAACUAAGUCCGACACCAGCAAGAACUUUGCUAUCUGGGAUACUAUGGAUAUCAACAUGAUGUUUAUCUUCGAGAACCGUACCAUUCCGGAGAACUACAACCCCAACGCCACCGCCUGGUUGGUAUACGACGAUGCGAAGCCCCUGCCCGCGCCUCCCGUCUUCAACCACAUCGACUUCAACGAUGACUUUGUGGACGAUGUCAACCUGGUCCCAGCAGACCACGAGCCCUUGCUCGAGCCCGUGAACCACCAGAUCAUUAUGGACACCGGCGUCGCGCUGAUCGACGGUGUUCUGCGCAUGACUGUCAAUAACAAGACCUACCUCGCCCCGAAGGUGCCAUCCCUCUACACUGCCAACACAGUCGGAGCCGAAUUUUCCUCCAACCCCUUGGUAUAUGGCGAAGUCAACCCUUUCGUCGUGAAGCACAACGAUGUUGUGGAAAUCAUCAUCAACAACCACCACAACAACCUGCACCCAUGGCACUUGCACGGCCACCACUUCCAGGUCCUGCAGCGUACCCCAGUUGACGGCGGCUUCUACCAGGGACUGACAAGCAACGUCUCCACAACCCCAAUCAGACGCGACACCAUCAUGGUCCAGAACAACGGCCACGCCGUCCUCCGCUUCCGCGCAGAUAACCCAGGUGUCUGGAUGCUGCACUGCCAUGUCGAGUGGCACGUCGAGAAUGGUCUCAUGGCCACCAUCAUCGAGGCACCAGAGACCUUCCCGAACAGCAUCCACGCUCCCCCGAAGAGCCACUACGACGCCUGCAAGAGCUAUCCUCAACAAACCAGCGGUAAUGCCGCCGGCAAUAAGGGUCUCGACUUGACCGGACUCGAUACGACGGUUGUCCCCGGCAGCCACGGCGCUCUGUAUACCAAAAAGCAGGGCAAAGCUCCCACUUCUGCAGCUCCAUCUCAUGAAUCGGCACAGCCAGCGGCGCCAAAUCCAUAUACCAAGCCGUUCCCACCAACUCCCCCAGCGCCCCCUGCACCCUUUUCACAGGCUUCCCGUCCCAAGCUCCCAUCCUUCUCUAACGAGAACCCGUCGGUAGCAGCUGCUGCCGAGACCACCAAGGGAUUCUGGCCUUUCAGUAAUCGCGAUAUUUUCUCUGAACUUGAGGACUGGGAGUGA